AUGGUGGGCAAGAAGAAGCAAGCGGAGAAGCUUUCGGAUGCCUCGCUGGGCAAGUUUGAUGCCGAGGAGUCGCGGCGGGCCUUCCUGGAGAUGCAGACCAGCGCGGCCGCGGCCCGCAACAAGAACCGGUCCGCCUUGACCUUCGACGACGAGCCCGAGAAGAAGCCAGAGAAGGAGCGGAAGCCAGAGAAGAAGGGAUACCCAGCGCUGCUCAAGGAGGUGAACAGCCUGGCUGAGGCGCCUGAGCCUCUGAGCAUGUAUGGCAAGCAGAAGCGGAAGGAGAAGCUUUCUGAGGCCACGCUGGGGAAGUUCGACGGGGACAAGUCCAAGGCCGCCUACGAGGACAUGCAGAGGACCGCCGAGCUGAUGCGGAACAAGAACCGCGUGGGACAGGGCAUCUUCUAA